AAACAUAUUCUCAACGCACAAGUCUCGAUUCGCGCACCUUGCUGUAAACAAUGGUUCGAUUGCGCUGAAUGCCACGCUGAGAAAUCCGAUCAUUGCUUACGACGAACAACCGAGAUGGUCUUCCUUUGCAAGAAGUGCAAGAAAGCAUUUCGGAAAGAUAUGACGGAAUAUGACGAGCAGGACGAGUACUGCCCUCACUGUGAUAACCACUACGUGCUGGAUGCGUUAGAGCCUAAGGCGGCUCUGGGCUUAGAGGGAGAGGACGCGAGGGUGGACGCAAGGAUGCUCAAGGACGACCGGGUGAAGAGUGACGCGCAGAAGAGCAUAUUUACCCAGGACUUGUCAUCACGCCUCGGAUGA